AUGGCACCAAAAAGGGAACCAUCAAUUAAGAAGUCGCCGUCAGGUGGAACACUACCAAGACUUGGACCUCCAUUUCCUUCACCAUCACCUGCACCCCCGAAACCAGCUCCAGAGCUCAAGCCGAGGCUACUACGUCCUUCUGACUCGCCGUUUGACCCGAGCACACUGGAGUCCGACUUCUCAGAAGAUCAAAUUUCUGACUUUAAAGAAGCCUUCCUCCUGUUCGAUCGGACAGGAGAUGGGAGGAUCAGCUUUAGUCAGUGCGGGGACGUGAUGAGGGCCCUUGGACAGAACCCAGUCAAUGCUGAAGUGCUGAAGGUUCUAGGAAACCCCAAAGCUGAGGAGAUGAACAGCAGAAUGUUGGACUUUGAGCAAUUCCUGCCCAUGCUUCAGGCCAUUGCAAAGAACAAAGAUCAGGGCUCCUUUGAGGACUUCGUGGAGGGACUGCGGGUCUUUGACAAGGAGGGCAACGGCACAGUAAUGGGUGCUGAGUUGCGUCAUGUUCUUACUACACUGGGGGAGAAGAUGUCUGAAGAUGAGGUUGAAACACUCCUGGCAGGACAUGAGGAUGCCAACGGCUGCAUCAACUAUGAAGAACUCGUACGGAUGGUCAUGAAUGGCUGAAGAUAAAGAAACUGUUUCUUCCAUUUGUUUGUGUGUCUUUAUGUAAACACUUUCGUUCAUUCCCAUCAAAUAUUGUUUGCAUCUAUUUCACUUUUCCUCCACGUUCUGUUUUCACUUAUUUGUUUUUUUUUUAUUUUCAUAAGUGCCUUUAUGGUCCCUAGUAAAGAUAGCAUCAAACAACAUAUUAUAUAACUCCUCUCCACACUGUCCAGUAGUGUUAAAGCACAUGAAGCUGCAUGUAAAAACUCUGGCAAUAAAACCUCCUCAUGCAGCUCAGUCUCAUUGUAACAUUCAUAGAUGCAAUACAGCCAAUCAGUCCUCAGGUCCAGUUAACACAGAGAACUGUAACAUCUAAACUGUCGGCUUUCAGAAUGUGAGCUUAACACUUCCAAGUUUUGCUCUCUGAACGUUUGGGUAUUAAAAUAAUAAUAUCUUUUAAAAAAUAA